AUGCCGCAUGCUCCUAUACCCAUACUAAAUAGCCUCCCAGUCCCCUGCGAUGAACCACCUCCAAAACGGAGACGCGUUAGUACGGGCCUACAGAGAAAGCGAGGUGUCAAGGAGUGUCUCUUAAGCCAGGUCACGCCGCUUGUAGAGAGGGCAGUUGGACAUCUCUCGAGGGAUGUUUACCAUGUUAACGCCCUGGCUAUCAAGGUAACAAAGAAGGAACUCAGUAUCAACAAGUUCUUUAGAAGAAGAUGGGACGAGACGGGUGGCUACUUGAGUCAGCAGGACCUAGACGUGCUUGCGAUCCAGGCGCAUGAUGUUGUUAGGGGUCUGGCGGGGGGUUCUGUGAGUGUGACGAAGUCGCGGCUGGAGCUUAUUGCUAACAUUUGCAAGGAGUUUCGUAUAUCCCCUCUAUCUUCAGAAACACCAGAGCCUCAGCGUUUACCACCGCCGAGGCCAGCGCCGAAACCUUCGCCGCAAGGCCAAACACCUCCGACGAUUGUGAAUACGGCAGCAGCGAAUAAGUCCGAAGACUCUCCCAUAUUCUACGACGCGCUCACAUCGCAACCAGAGCUUCCCCAAAAUGUCGAAAGGAAGCCUUAUCAACCUCGGGGGCGACGGGAACCGAAGCCCAGUAAUCGGUAUUACCAGGUUUCCGAACGACCCUAUCUUUCGGCAGCGCAUCGCCAAGCUAUUGAGGAGGGAACAAAGAAGCCGGUGGCUGUAAGCAAUGAGCUUAUCGCACAGCCCAUUGUCUAUCAUGUGGACUUCAGCCCUGAGGAGAUCGCCGAGAUUAUAGGCCAAAUACCACAAAAUGAGCACAAGCACAUACCGGCAACCCGCGAAUCUAUGAUGGAGCAGAUCCGACUACGAGAUCGCCCCCUGAUACCGAUCCCUGGACGAACCACACGAGACAUGAGCGCUUUUGCUUCGGACUUGUGGGCAGGAAAGGUCGCAGAGACACCACGAGUCCUUUCAUUGACUGCUGAGCAUGUUACGGAGGAGACAAAAAAACGACAAGGACAAAUGAGAAGGACUAGCAGACUUUCGUCUUUACUGAUGGCUCGAGAAAUGGAAGGCAGCCAGGGCUUCCAACGAACCCGGGAAUAUUUGAACUUCCAAGCCGAAUUUAAAAGAUUGCGCGAGGACGAUCUCCAGGUCGUAGCUGAGUUCACCAAUUGCGCUGGUGAUAUCACCACAGGUGCAUGGGUAAAUCGAGAGAGCUUUCUAUGUGGCACUACUACUCACUCCGAUUCGCAUAACCAACAGUACAACAGGCCUGGAAACUUGCUUCUUUGUUCAACUGGAAAAGGGACGCUGCGGUCCUUCCCCGAUCACCGAAUACCUCGCCCACGGGUCGAAAAAGGGGAGAAUUCUACAGAGGCCAUGCGCCAGAGCCAGGACCCUUGGCUGUACUCAUCGGUUGUGUCAUGCGACUACAGCGUUGAAGAUGACUUGGCUUAUACGUCGAGUUUUGAUAAGACGGUCAAAGUAUGGAAGGUUGACCGGAAAGGAGAACACAUGGAGGCCAUUGCAACAUGGCAACACACAGGUAAUGUCAACUUUGUGGCUGCUGCAAAGGAUGGAUCUGGUCGUGUGGCUACGGCUGCAGAUUCACCAACCGAUGCCGUGCGUAUCUACACCAUUACAAAAGGAAAUGAGUCGAACAGUACUUACCAGACGUUCUCUUGCUCACGGACUGAUGCUAAUAGCUCAGACAAGUGGGCAUACUUCCCAGCAACCAUGCAGUGGGGACGAGCUAAGGGCUGUCAGCAUUUGCUUCUUGUUGGGUAUUCUCCUCGCAGCUUGACAGGUGACGAUCUGGAUAUUCCCGAGGACAAGAGGAGUUCAGGGGAGAUUAUCCUCUGGGAUGCAGAACAGGGUGUCAGAAUCCCUGUGAUGACAGCUUCAACGGCUAACGUCUUCGAAGUCGCCUGGCAUCCAACAUUACUCCUUUUUCUUGUAGGGGUAACACCCACGGGGAUGAACAACGUUCCCCGCAAUGUUAGGACACAAGUCCACGUCUUUCAUCGCGAUAAGGAUCGCUUGAAUGGCAUUGGCUUUUGUCAGCAUCAGGCUCUCGACUGCUAUGCGUCUGACAUCAAUGAGCUGACGAUUGUGCCCAACUCGCCCGGACACGGCUACGUGACCGCGGCCUGUACAGACGGAAAGGUGUACGUAUGGGACACAGCACAGGGCGACAAACCCAUCCAUACGCUGCGACAUGGGAAACCUAUCGAAGAGUAUUACGGCGAUCGCGAGAAAGAGGACACGGGCGUGAAGUUCACGGCUUGGAACACAAGUCUUGAUCGGUUCUACACUGGGUCGAGCGACGGUGUCGUGAAGGUCUGGAAUAUCCGUAAGCUGAAGAACCCCUUUGUCCGUGAUAUUCUCACAGCCCCUGGGCCAAUCGCUUGGGGCGGUUUUUCUCCGGACAAUUCCAAGCUUGCCAUUGGCGAUGCCACGGGCCGUUGCUUCAUCUUAUCAACCGAUGAGCGGGAUAUUCCAGAGUCGCAUAUGAUGACAAUUCCAGGCACCACUCGGCGCUGGCGCCGGCCUAUACCCCUAAUUCCACACCCGGAACCAGCUCCACCCACCCCGGCGAGAGAGGACGAUGAGAUGCUCACUUGUGAUGAGCUUUCAGACGCUGGUAUCGCUGAUUACUCGAGACGGACAUAUUUAGACAGCCAAUGUCUGCAGCUUACAUCAAAUCCAGUUAUAGGGGUUGUACAAGGCCCCCGCUACCAAUCUACCAACCUCUACCGCCGAGAAGCUCACUAUGAUGAAGAUCCCUCAGCACCUCUCCUGGCUCAUUUCGAGCGACGACAAAAGGAUAGCGAGGCCGCUAGUCUCGGCCUAAGACGUCGUUCGGUGCGUCGGCUUAGAACUCCUUCACCACCAGAUGAGCGUCUUCGUAGCAUCCAUGCUCAAAAUGCGAGCAAGGACUUGGACGUGAAUCAUUUAAAAGAUAGUGAAGUGAAAGAACUUAUCAAAUCCGCUACGUUGCUAAGUAUUGAGGAGGAUUGGGGUUUUACAUACGAAGAUACCAUGAGCUUUGAUGAGGAAGCUUAA